GUCCUUCUUGGUACUACUACUCCAUGGAAUUUCUUCAAGCACUCUGCUUUCCUUUCCCUCCCUUCUUCGGGUUCGGGUUCUCCCGCUGAACUGAAAUAGGUCUGGAUUUGGGCCGCGCAAGAUGGGAUUUUGAGGAGAUGGGUGGUGGGUUCCUCGCCAGGGGCUUUAGGGAUUUCGUGUUUGCUACCCUUCUUCCUGGCAUAGGAUUUUGAUUUCUCGGAUGGCUUUCUCUUCCUGCGGGAGUUGGGAGUUGCAGGUGGCUACGAAUUUGAUGUCUCUCCAAUGUCAAUGUUGAUGUGUGAAACAUACAUAUGGUGGCAUCCCAAAAAGGCAGAAAGCAGAAGAACCAUUCUGAUCUUUUGAGUGGUUGAUGGUUAUGGACCGUGCGAGUUGGCUCUGGAGGCGCAAAUCGUCGGAUAAGAGCCCCGGGGGUAGCGACAGCUCUAUGUCUGUGUCGUCGCAUUCCGAGCAGUGCUCUGACGAUCAGGAGAUUCUGAGGCCUAUCUCAAAUAAUGCUUCGCCAUGUCAUGGCCAAUCUCGUGAAGCCUCUUCAAGAAGUAAAUAUGAUGACAGCCAAGAAGCUGGAGUCACGAAAUCCUUGAAUGGCAAGCUGGCAGCGGUGGUUAAUCUAAAUGAUUCUACUCCACAGCACGGCCAAUCAGUAGAACCAUACGUAUCCUCCAAUGUCAGAGAUGAAGCGGUCAAGGAGACCAUGAAGAGUUUGAAUGACAAACUUUUUGCUGCACUUUUGACUGUCAGAUCAAAAGAGGACUUGGUGAAGCAGCAUGCUAGAGUCACAGAAGAGGCUGUUGCGGGUUGGGAACAAGCUGAAGCUGAAGUUGCUGCUCUGAAGGGUCUGCUUGAAGCUUCUUCUAAGAAGAAUGCUUCUCUCGAGGAUCAAGUCAGCCAUCUAGACAAAGCUCUCAAGGAAUGUGUCAGGCAGCUGCGUCUGGCACGGGAAGAACAAGAGGAGAAAAUCCGUGACAUAGUUUACAAGAAGUCUCAGGUGCUGGAAUCUGAAAACUCUGAGCUCCAAAACCAUAUCGCUGAGCUGAAGAAGCAGCUGGAAGUGACCAGAUUAGAAGCAUCUUCUAUGUUAUUACAGCAUGAUCUACAAGAAAAGCUUCAGGCAAUUGAGAAAGAGAACUUGGACCUUAAGGCCAAGCUUCAGGCAAUUGAGAGAGAGAACAUGGAUCUCAAGGCCAAGCUUCUUGUACAGUCCAAGGAUCUGAAGAUACUACUGUUGGAAAGAGACCUGAGCAACCAAGCGGUGGAGACAGCGAGCAAGCAGCACUUGGAAAGCAUUAAAAAGAUUGCAAGGGUUGAGGCAGAAUGCCGCAGGUUACAGCAUCUAACUCGCAAAACUGCACUGGUCAAUGAUUCUAGGCCGGUACAAAACAAUGUUUGCUUGGAAUCACUGACUGACAGCCAGUCCGACAAUGGGGAGCGUAUGGUUGUUGUUGAUAAUGAACUGCGAAAUUCCGACUCGUGGGCAUCGGCUUUGAUUGCUGAGCUUGAUCAGUUCAAGAAUGGCAAGGAUGUUUCAAGAAAUCUUGUGAACAAUCCUGUUGAGAUUGACAUAAUGGAUGAUUUCCUGGAGAUGGAAAGGUUAGCUGCAUUGCCUGAAUCAGACCGCACCAGCUCUAACUUCGAAACAGAAACAGAUUCUGACAAGGCUGUGACAAGAAACUACUCCUCGGAAGUUGAAACUGAAGAAUUGCAAAAUCAGGUCACAGAUUUGAAGGAAAAGUUUGAAGCAAUUUCAAGCGAGAAAAGGGAGCUUGAGAUGGCCCUGUUGGAAGUUAGAAAUCAGCUUGACAUUUCCUGCGAUGCGCUAGUGGCGGCAAAGAACAGGCUGGUCGAAAUGCAAAUGCAGUUGGACUCGGAAAAUAACUCCAAACUUGCUGCUUUCGAAGACGUGGAGCGAUUGGACUCAGAGAGGAAGGCGUUGGAGUUGCAGUUAGAGUCCAAAUCUGUAGAAGUUGAGGAGCUACUUAUGGUUGUAACUUCGUUGGAGGAAAAUGCACGGCAGAAAGAGUUGGAGUCGCAGUUAGAACUGAUGUCAACACAAACCACAGAGCUUCGCCUGACUGUGGCAUCAUUGGAAGAGAGGGUUCAGGCCGAGAGGUCUCUUUCUCUGCGGCAGAAAGCAAAUGCAGAGGCUGCGCGGAAUGCUAAAGAAGAAAUGGAGGCACAGCUGUGUUCAGCAAACACUGAAAUGGGGAAACUGCGUGACGUUGUCAAAGCACUAGGGAAUGAGGUCGAAAAGGAGAAGGCACUUCAUGAAGAACUCACAGCACAAUUACAGGUGAAGGUUGAAGCAGCUGUUGAUGUGGUUAAAGAAUCAUUGGAGGCACAGCUCUUUUCAGCAAAUACUGAAGUAGAGAAGCUGCAAGGCGUUAUCAAAGCGCUGGAAGAUGAGGUAGAUAAAGAGAAGGCAUUGCACGAAGAGCUCGCAGCACAAGUAGAGGUGAAAAUCGAAGCAGCGAGAACUAUUUCUGUUGAGGCUGUUAAAGAAUCAUUGGAGGCACAACUGUGUUCAGCAAACACUGAAAUACAGAAAUUGCGUGAGAUCACCAAAGCACUAGAGAAUGAGGUAGAGAAAGAGAAGGGACUUCAUGAAGAACUCUCGGCACAAUUAGAGAUGAAGAUUGAAGCAGAGAGAGCUCUUUCUGUGGAGUCUGUUAAAGAUUCAUUAGAGGAACAACUCGAGCUAGCAAACUCAAAAGCUGUAAAACUGCGUGACAUGGUGACCGCACUUGAUCACGAUUUGGAAAAGGAGAAAGUAUUCUCUGCAGAGCUCCAGAUGCAGCUAGAAGCUCUAGAGGUCAUAAAAAAGGUUUUGGAGUCAGAGGUUGAGUCUGCACAUCAGGAUGCCAGAAAUCUCAACCUGAAGGUGGAGUCACUGGAAGCAAAACUCAAGGAACAGGUGUCGUCAGCCGAAGAAUUCACUGCCAAGGCAGAGGUUGUGCAGUCAGAGAGAAUGGCUAUGGAGCAUCAACUUGAAACAGCAGAGAGGGAACUCAUAAAACUGACAAACAAGGUGAGCUUGCUGCAUAGGGAGAUUGGGCAGGAGAGAUUGCUGACAGAGGAGUAUGAACAGAAAUGCCGAAAGUUGGAGGCUCAGCUGUCAAUGGAUAGUCGAGACGCAAAGCUCUGGCGGCUCGCAAACUCGAAUGGAGAUCUGAAGGUUAAGAAGGAGAAGGAGCUUGCUAACGCAGCUGGGAAGCUCGCAGAAUGCCAGAAGACCAUUGCGUCUCUCGGGCGUCGAUUGGAAUCACUGACAGACCUCGACAGUGUGGUGCUGGAGCCUGAAAGGCUGGAAUCCAGGGACGUGCCAUUGCCACUGGACUUCAGAAACGGCGAUGCUGAAUUUGCGGUCUUUGCAGAUGAGUUAUAUGACUUUGACCUCCCAAACGGUGACGGGAGCUGCUUUUCGCCGCUCCCGUCGAUUCAACCCUCGUCCCCGCCCUCGGAGAUGUCAGUGUUUGCAGGGGGCCUGUCGACCCUUAGCAGUUACAGGAGCAAAAGAGGAAGUAGAGGGUGAUGAAAAGAUUGCCCAGAUGCCCUACCAACAAACAGUUCAUGGAUGCUCUCAUAUGUAGGUAGAUCAAUGUACAUUCACAGAAACUGAUUGUUAGAUUUGUGUGCUGAAUCUUUUUUCCAUUCCAGCAUGCUCAGUUUUAUAGCCUGCUUGAUGAGGUCUUACUGUAUCAACGAAUGGCAAUGUAAUACAAGAUUUGUUUGGUUCCCUUAUGUAAUGGGAUCUACAAGGCAAGGAGCGCUUCCAGGCCGA